AUGCCGAUUUCUACGGACAUAGACAGCACCGUCUGGCUUGCUCAGCCAUCAGGGCCUUGUUGUCUCAAGGGGACUCUUCACGAAGGGUCUGCACGCGGAUGCUUCAUCACCGUUGCGGGAGUAGAAACAUACAUCUCGAAGCCUUUAGGCAAUGCAAAUGGCCGAAUCCUGCUGUACUUCCCAGAUGUGUGGGGAAUGUUUCCGAAUGGUCUUUUGGUGAUGGACGCGUUUGCCGAUGCCGGAUAUCUCGUCCUGGGACUGGACUACUUCAGAGGUGAUCCGGUUUGGAAACAUCGUCGUGAUCGUCUCGAUCGCUCAAAUCCAGACUUCGACUACGAGGCAUGGAAGCGAAAGCACAUGGCAUUUGCAGAUGAAGCGGUUCCGCGGUGGGUUGACGAAGUCAAAAGAACCUAUGGUCAGCCGUCGACUAGGUACGCGUGUGUUGGGUAUUGCUUUGGUGCACCGUAUGUCUGUGAUGAACUGGCGAAGGACACCGUAUCUGCCGGGGCAUUCGCUCACCCAGCAUUCCUGAAAGAUUCUCACUUUGAGAAGAUUACAAAGCCUCUAAUGAUGUCAUGUUCUGAGGUAGACCAUACAUUCCCUCGGGAGGCACGACAGGUCGCUCUGGAUAUUCUCGAGUCUGGUAAAAAGACAUACCAAUUGCAGCUAUUCUCCAGCGUCUCGCACGGGUUCGCCUUGCGAGGGAACAUGAAAGAUCCUUAUGAACGUAUCAUCAUGGCAUCUACUAGAGCUUUCGACUUUACUGGUGAGGUGGCAAUUGUCACUGGUGCUGGGUCACGCAUGCCUGGCGAGAUCGGCAAUGGCCGAGCAACGGCUAUCCUUCUCUCUAGGCAAGGUGCCAAGGUGGCCCUUGUGGACUAUAAUGUAGAAUGGGCCCAGGAAACAAAGCGCAUGAUUGAACUUGAAGGUGGCAUAUCAGAGGUUGUGCAAACCGAUGUGACCGAUGAAGAAAGCUGCAAGAAUGCCGUUUCGAAGACCGUGGAACUUUUUGGGACGGUCAACAUACUUGUCAAUAUCGUCGGGGUUGGUGGUGCCAUGGGAGAUGCUACCAAAGUUGAUCUCGGUGCAUGGGAGCGCGACUUCAAAAUCAAUGUCACCAGCAUCGUAUUAAUGAGCAGACAUGCCAUUCCAGAAAUGAGAAGAAAUGGGCGCGGUGCCAUAGUCAACAUGUCCUCUGUCAGCGGUCUUCUCGGUGGAAAUCCCAGCCUCUUAUAUCCUACAACUAAAGGGGCAAUCAUUCAGAUGACUCGAGCCAUGGCCGCCCAGCAUGGCCCGGAAAAUAUUCGCGUAAACUGUGUUUGCCCUGGCAUGGUCUUCACCCCAAUGGUACGAGGCAGAGGAAUGACCGAUAAAAUGAGACAAGACCGGAUCAACCAAAACCUGUUAAAGCAGGAGGGAACAGGUUGGGAUGUUGGUUAUGCGAUCCUUUUUCUCUGUAGCAAAGAAGCGAAAUGGAUCACUGGCUUGAUUAUGCCUGUUGAUGGGGGCACAACCGCAGGAAAAGCAGACAGACCAGCCUUGAAGGCCGAUACACUCGCAGAGGAGAACACAAAGAUUCCCAACAACUUAGCAGGAUAG